CCUGCACUGAAAGUGUACACCCUCCCCUGAGCAGACCACAGCAGGACGAGAGGUGAAAAGUCAGGAGGACAGUCACCCGUUCUUCCGUUCUCAGUAACAGCUAUGCUACUGAUCUUCAUCGCAUCUGCUCUCACUUUUUCAGCAGCAGAGUUCUCUGUAUUUGUUCCUAAUGGCUCAGUGUCAGAGCGACUCGGGUCAUCAGCUGUCCUGCCGUGUGGUCUUUCUCCUGCCUUGAAUGCCAAAAUGUUUGAUGUUCGAUGGCACAAGAAUGAUUACAACAACCCGGUUCUGCUGUACAAAGAUCUAAAGGUCCAGGAGAACACUGGAGAUCCUCAGUACAGAGGCAGAGCGUCUCUGAUUGGAGAACUGGAGAAAGGGAACGUCUCUCUAAAACUGGAGAACCUCACGCUGACAGAUAGAGGAGAAUAUGUGUGCUUUGUUCAGAGUGUCACUUGGUACGAGAAGGCCAGUGUAAAUCUCAUAGUAAGAGCACUGGGCUCUUCUCCUCUCUUCUCACUGGCUGAAGUUGGAGAUCAGGUGAACGUUUCCUGUGCAUCAGGAGGAUGGUCACCAAAGCCCACCCUCACCUGGAGGGACAAAAGAGGAAGAGAACUCACAACCAGCCAUAUUCAUUACAAAACUGACCCUGAAGGGUUGGUCAGUGUGAGCUCUUGGCUGCUUUUCUCUCCGUCUGAGUCAGAGUGGAUCUCCUGUUCUGUGGGUUUAUCUGAUCAGGAGAUGAUAGACAGCCGAGUGCUGCCAGUCAAAGGAUUCUGGAGAGAGGCGUUCAUCUCAAUUCUUGUAUUUUCAUUGAUCAUCAUCGUCAUCCUCACUGCUCUUCUUUUAAAAAGACAAGGUUUUCUACCACACUGCUCAUUUCAGAAAAACGCAAAGGCAACAGUCAAUUUGUGUGAAUCUGUUCCAGCAGAAGCGCUUCCUCUUACAGGCACAAGCAAAAUAUCAGAGGAAAAUGGUGACUCCGUGAAGGAAAAAAUAGCUUCAGAUUCUGGACCCCACACAGGUGUCAGCUCACAGUCCUCUGUAUCUGCUAAAGAGAGGUUACUGGUGUGGAAUAAGCUGAAAAAACAGAAAGUGAAGCUCAUUGUAGAUCCAGGCACAUGUCACAGACCUCUGACAGUGACACAAGAUGGAACCGGUGUGUAUUGUGGACAAGUGAACACAUCCAACUCUGCAGACACAUUUCCUCACGUUCUGAGUAAAGAAGGAUUCUCCUCAGAACAGAAAUACUGGGAAGUUACAGUGGAUCUAAAAACUAAGUGUAAGCUGUCAUGGUGUGUGGGGGUAACACAAAAGCCCCCCACUAAAGAGACGCUCACAGCUCUCUAUUAUGAAGAACGCUGUGGUAUUUACCCCAGUACUGACCCUCACAUUCAGAUACCUGCUGAAGAUCACGUUACCACCCUGGGCCUGAUUUUAGACUUCAAACACAAAACUCUGUCCUUUAUUAAUGUAGAUAAACAAUCUCACCUUCAUACUUUUAGAAUGAAUAACAUGAGUAAUAAUAAAUAUUUUGCACUAAUGAGUCCAGGAAUAAAAGAUUGCUACCCUGUAAGUUUUCAUAAUUAGUAAUGUGAUGUGAACUAAAGAUGGACUCCAAGGACAGUGGACCUCAUUCACUAACAGUUAAGAAGAAAUUUCGGUAACACUUUCUAUGAAUGUCACGUUUGUAAGCAUCUAUAAACACAUAACAU